AACUCAGGCGUCCCUGGAGUCAGCGAGGACCUUGCUCGCAGGUCUGGGGGCGGAGCCCGACCCAUUCUCUCCAGCUGCAGGACCUUUGGUGGCUCCGCAACUUACCGACCGUCAGCAUCAGCGCCCUGCCACCCUCCGGCCUCCAGCAUGCCUGGUCCGACCCCCAGUGGCACUAACGUGGGCUCCUCUGGACGCUCUCCCAGCAAGGCAGUGGCUGCCCGGGCGGCGGGAUCUACUGUCCGGCAGAGGAAAAAUGCCAGCUGUGGAACAAGGAGCACAGGCCGCACCACCUCGGCAGGCACUGGGGGGAUGUGGCGAUUCUACACAGAAGAUUCACCUGGCCUCAAAGUUGGCCCUGUUCCAGUAUUGGUUAUGAGUCUUCUGUUCAUCGCUUCUGUGUUUAUGUUGCACAUUUGGGGCAAGUACACUCGUUCAUAGAUUCAGCUACAUCCAUCUGUCAUCUGAAGAAGAAGGAAAAAACCCAACAUAUCUUGGACCAAAGUAUAGUGAUUUUCUGUUCAUGAGAAAAAUUUUCUGUAAGCUUACUGUUUUACAAGGAACUUAACAGGAAUUGAUUUUGAGGAAUCAGUUUUUUUCUAUGGCUAAUAAACUUUUUAAUUCAUUUGUACUGGG